AUGGACUCCAUACCUUCCACGCCCGAUGAGGCGUCCAAUCCAGUCGACAAUAAUCCCUACUUUCCCGCGACUGUCCCGUCCCCCAAAACCGGCACACCUCUCGAAAAUACCCGUGUCGACCAGUCUAGCGGCGAUAGCUCUAAAAGGCUACCGUCCCUUCGCUCCGUCUCCGACCCUCGAAACAUGCACCCCAGCUCGACGCCCCUGGGUACCCUCUCCAGCGCGAGGCGGCCCCCUGCCUCUUCCGUGCUGGGCGGUGCUCUAGCUGGAAGCGAUGCCAUGCUCAGAGCCCGUUCUCUCGCCGAGGCCCGCAUGGGCAGACCACCACCCAACCAGCACUCUCCACCUGUCGGGCCUUCCCCUAAUCGCGGGUCGCCCGUGGCCGGCGGACCAUUCGCUGGCGGAGUUGCCGGCAACUUGCGCCUCCCUCCAGGAGCCAUGAGGCCGGGACUACAGGGAAGUUCCAUGCCGGGGCCGAUCGCGUCGAAUAAGCCUCAAGGUCUUAGCGCGAGGAGAGGGAUGAAGCUUCAAAUGACUCCGGAUUCACCCGCCACCACCCCAAAGUUGUCGGGCAUGAACCUCCGCGACGGCCAGGCUCAGUCGAACGGCGUGCGCCAAGGCUCCAAGCUGGACGACUUCAGGAAAUACAUCGACGCCGAAAAGGGAUGGAUAACGUUUGAGGGAGCUGCUACAAUCACGAAUAAAGGUGUGAACUUCUCCAACGGAAAGUCCUUCCACAUGUCGCUGGAUGAGGUCGAGCCGCUGGGCGAGCUGGGUAAGGGCAACUACGGAACUGUUUACAAGGUGCGCCACGCGAGACCCUCGCGGCCUCGUUUCGGCCAGGGACUGUCGGGCUUCCGCGGGCCCUCGCCUAAUACGUCAUCGAGCGACGUGUCCGAGUCGACGACCCCCAAAGCCAACGGUGCACCCGGUACGUUACCGAACAACUGCACAGGUGUGAUUAUGGCCAUGAAGGAGAUUAGGCUGGAGCUGGACGAGGCCAAAUUCACGACCAUUCUCAAGGAGCUCGUUAUCUUGCACGAGUGCGUAUCGCCUUAUAUUAUCGACUUUUACGGCGCCUUCUUUCAGGAGGGUGCCGUGUACAUGUGUAUCGAGUACAUGGACGGAGGAUCGAUCGACAAGCUCUACACAGGAGGCAUCCCGGAGGACGUAUUACGGAGGAUAACAUAUUCGACGAUCAUGGGCCUCAAGACACUCAAAGACGAUCACAACAUUAUCCACCGCGACGUCAAGCCUACCAACAUCCUCAUCAACCGGCGAGGGCAGGUCAAGAUUUGCGAUUUCGGCGUCAGCGGCAACCUGGUGGCGUCCAAAGCGAAGACCAACAUUGGUUGCCAGAGCUACAUGGCGCCCGAGCGGAUAUCCAUCGAAGGGAUGAAUUCGGUGGGGUCCGAUGGGACUUACAGUGUUCAGAGCGAUAUCUGGAGUCUCGGGCUGACGGUGAUUGAGUGUGCGCUUGGGAGGUAUCCUUAUCCACCUGAGGCCGCGAACACGAUAUUUAGUCAGCUUAGCGCCAUUGUGGAUGGAGAGCCGCCAGACUUGCCGAGCGAGGGAUACUCGCCAUCGGCUCGAGACUUUGUCCGCGGAUGUCUAAACAAGAUACCCAAGGCGCGCCCAACCUACGCCAUGCUCCUCAAGCACCCCUGGUUGAAAUCGCUCACGGAGUACGACACGAUCAAGGAAGAGCCCGAGGAGAAUGGAGAAGUCGAGGGCGGCGUGGAUGCGAUUGCCGAGAGUGUUGGACGCAUGCAUUUCCGGACCACCACGGACGACGCCAUUGUGGCGGAGUGGGUUAAGAGCGUUCUCGACAGAAGGAGCGCCGAGGGGGAUGCCCCCAAGCCGUCGCUUCCGGCAUUGCAUGCGGCGCCGCUUAACACGGUUGGUCUGACGGGGGCGGCGGCGUCGAAUCCGCGCGCCGCUUGA